AAUGCCAUCACAGCUGUCAAAUAUUUUUUAUUUUUAGGUUUAAGGUUAUAUUUUGUUUUUGGCGUAUCUAUUGUUGAUUUUCCCGUAAAUUAACGCUUAAUUUACGUUUGUUUUGCACUUAAAUUAAAAAGAAAGGACCUAUUCGUUAUUAAAAUAAAUAGUUCCAAGGCCUAACCAUGGGUGAAAGGAAAGGGCAGAAUCUUUACUAUCCCCCCGACUACGACCCCACAGUCGGGGGGCUAAACAAAUUCCGGGGCACCCAUGCUCUCCGGGAACGAGCCAGGAAACUCCACAUGGGCAUCCUGAUCAUCAGAUUUGAGAUGCCAUAUAACAUCUGGUGCGAUGGCUGUAAGAAUCACAUUGGUAUGGGAGUGAGGUACAAUGCUGAGAAAACUAAGAUUGGGAUGUAUUAUACCACACCGGUUUACCAAUUUAGAAUGAAAUGCCAUUUGUGCGACAACCAUUUUGAAAUCAAGACUGAUCCAGCUAAUCUAGACUAUGUCAUAGUAUCAGGUGCAAGGCGCCAAGAAAACAGAUGGGAUCCGACAGAGAAUGGGCAAAUUGUGCCAGAAACCAAGGAGACUCAGAAGCGUCUGUUUGAUGAUGCCAUGUUCAAGCUGGAGCAUAAGACAGGGGAUGAGGAUGCCAGCAAGUUGGAUAAGCCACGGAUCAACCGGCUGGUGGGCAGAAAUGAAGCUGUCUGGAAGGAUGACUAUGAGGCCAACUGUGCACUGCGGAGGAACUUUAGGAAAAGGAGAAAAGAACUAGAAGAAUCAUCAGUCAAUGACAGUUUGCUUCUAGCUAAAUCUUCUCUAAACAUCAAUCUCUUGCCAGAGACAGAAGAUGACAGAAACAUGGCAUCCCUUCUCUCUCUAAGACCUUCACAGAGUAUUGAAGAGUCACAGAGUCUAACCAGAAUCAAAAUAUUGAAUACUCCAGCCUUACCAAGCUCCAGUGGACUUUUAACCAGCUUUGGGGGGUUAAAAAAGGAGGAAUCCCUAAGUAAAAGUGUACUUUUGACUAGAAAUGCCUUAGGCAUCACAGUUAAGAGAAAACAUGUUGAUGAUGUAGAAAGUAAUACAAAUGAUGAUUUAAGUGAUCCAAAAAAAGUGAAAGAUGAUGAUGAAUUUAAAAGUAUAUCCAAAAGUGAAAAUAAAAUAGAAAGUGAAUAUAAAAAUAAAAAUAUAGAUGAGAAGGGAAGUAAAAGCUUGGCAAAUAUAAAUAAAAAUGAAGGGGAAACAGAUAUAGCUUGCAAAGAUAGAAAAGAAGAGGAAAUUAAAAUAGAAAGUGAAAAGGAAAAUGAAAGUAAAAAAUUAAGUGAUGUAAAUUGUGAUGAGAAAUGUAAUCCGAUUUCUUUAGUCGGUGAUUAUAGUUCUAGUGGUGAAAGUUCUGAUUAAAUGAGAGCUAAU